CUUGGAGAAAGAAUCUAAAAGGAUCACGGCAUAUAUAGAGAAGUAGUACUACACUCACAACACAUAACCCACUUAAGCAUAGGAGAUAGAGAAGAGCUAGAGAGAAAGCUUAGCUAGAUAGCAGAAAAUUUUAAAAUGGAAUGGAGGUCAUAUUAUCUGGAUAUGGUGCUUGUACCAUUAGCAUAUAUGGUAACUGUUGCUUAUCAUGUUUGGUUGUGGCAUAAAACUCGUACAGAGCCUUUUUCCACCACCAUCGGAAUCAAUGCUCAUGCACGACGCUUCUGGGUGCCUGCCAUGUUGAAGGACAUUGAAAAGAAGAACAUUUUGGUAGCACAAAGUCUUCGAAAUUUGAUCAUGGGAUCAACCCUAAUGGCCACCACGGCCAUUCUCCUCUCAGCUGGCUUGGCAGCAGUAAUAAGCAGCACUUACAGUGUGAAAAAGCCUCUUGAUGAUGCUGUCUAUGGUGCUCACAGCGAAUUCAUGGUAGCACUAAAAUACGUGACACUCCUCACCAUAUUCUUGUUCUCAUUUUUCUGCCACAGUCUCUCAAUUAGGUUCCUCAACCAAUUGGCCAUCCUCAUUUGCGCACCACAAGACGCAAUGUCAUUGGUGACCCCAGAGUACUUAACCGAGAUUUUGGAGAAAGGAACUUUUUUGAACACUGUUGGGAACAGGAUCUUCUACUCAGCACUUCCUCUUUUGCUUUGGAUCUUUGGGCCAGUGCUGGUUUUCUUGUGCUCUAUUGCAAUGUUGCCCGUGUUUUACAACCUUGACUUUGUUUGUGGGAGAGUAAAAGCAAAGAUGGUGGUGAUCAAUGAUAAAAGUGACUUUGCUUGAUGUAUUAAUAUUAUUAUUAUUCAGCUAAGACUAAGAACAUGGAAUAGAUAAGAUUAGUAUAUAUUGGGUAUGCGUCAUCAUGCGUAUGUGUUGUUUACUUGUUUACAACUUUUAUGUUGUAAAGGUAGUGGUAUUUUACUCGCACAAAAUAAUUAAGUGCAUGCAUGUCGAAGCGCUUUACCGAAAUAAUUCAAAAUGGCUUUUGAUAAGUGGCUUUGAUUAUGAUUA